AUGUCAUUAACUCAAGUACUUCCCCAACCGUCAAUGGCUGGAUACGACCGAGAAGACGAUGAAUACGAUAACAAAUCAAGAAAAAACGAAGUUGUGCUCGUAUCAAAAUUCACUGUUCCACCGUAUGGUCAUCGAAAAGAUUUCAUUCCAAGACGACCAGAGAUGUUUGGCGAUGGUGGUGCCUUUCCUGAAAUUCAUAUGGCUCAGUAUCCAUUGAAUAUGGGUUUUACGAAAAAUCAAACAUCGAAUGCUAUUCAGCUUCAAGUAGAUGCUUCAGGCAAACCGCAAUUCGAUGCAAUUGUUAAACAAAAUGUUAAAGGAAAUAAAAUUGUCUAUUCAAGUUUCGUUGAUCUUUUGCCGAAAGAAGUCCGUGAAGAUGAUCCGAGUUUACAGAAACCAUCAGAAGAAGAAAUCAAAGAAAAAACUGAAAAAACCCGGCAAGCACUCGAAGCUCUUGUCGCGUCGAAAGUCUCAUCCGCUUUACCUGUUCAACAUGCCGAGAAACAAGCACCUGCUCAAUAUAUUCGUUAUACACCUUCGCAACAAGGAGCGGAGUUCAAUUCCGGUGCUAAACAACGUAUUAUUCAAAUGGUUGAAGUACAAAAAGAUCCAAUGGAACCACCUCGAUUCAAAAUCAAUAAGAAACUUCCACGAGGACCACCUAGUCCUCCUGCUCCAAUUCUUCAUUCACCAACCCGAAAAGUGACUGUCAAAGAGCAACAAGAUUGGAAAAUCCCACCUUGCAUCUCCAAUUGGAAAAACUCUAAAGGUUAUACAAUUCCACUUGAUAAACGUCUAGCUGCUGAUGGUCGUGGUCUUCAAAGUACACAUAUCAAUGAAAAUUUCGCUAAACUUGCUGAAGCUCUAUAUACAGCCGAUUUGAAGGCUCGUGAAGCAGUUGAUAUGCGUGCCAAAGUUGAAAAACAAAUGGCGAAGAAACAAAAAGACGAGAAAGAAGAACGACUACGCGAACUGGCUAUGCAUGCCCGAACAGAUCGGGCAGGUAUUCGUUCCUCGGAUAAAGGUGAUUUGGAAAGCGCUGAACGUGACCAAAUUCGACAAGAAAGACAAAAGGAACGACAACGUGCUGCUGCACUACAGCGAGCUGGAGGCGACAAAAAAAAUCGUCCAAAGGACCGUGAUAUUAGUGAACAAAUUGCAUUGGGUGUGCAAACCGCAACCAGUUCAGGUGUUCAAUAUGAUCAACGUCUAUUCAACAUGUCUUCGGGUUUCAACAGUGGUUUAGGCGAUGAUGAAGCCUAUAAUGUAUACGACCAAGCAUGGAAUUCUUCUACAGCUGUUGCUUCACAAAUUUAUAAACCAACCAAAACUACAAAAGAUAAUUUUGAUGACACCGAAGCUUUGAUCAGUGCUUCGAAACGAUUCGAAUCCGAACGUGGCUUUAAAGGAGCUGAUAAGGGAACAACACGUGACGGUCCGGUUCAGUUCCAACGUGAAGAAGAUCCAUUUGGUCUUACCGGUUUCUUGAAAGAUGUACGACAUGGUGGUGCUGGUGGCUCAGCUCCAUCUGCAAAUCCAUCGUCUAGUUCAUCAUCUAAGCGUGGCAAUGCUGACGAUCGUGAAGAACGAAGCAGCGAAAAGCGUCGCAAGAAAUAG